AUGAGCGGAUCUGCUGAGAAAACGGAAAGGGGAUUGCGCAAGAAGCAUCAUGACAGCAAGUGCAUCUAUGACAGGAAGGCCGACGCUGUGUUUGGCCUUAAAGACAAGCCCGGCGGUGAUACGCCCAGCAGCUCGAAGGAAGUGCUCGUGAACAGAGUUUUGUGCUUUGUAUUGCAAGGCCUGUCAAGCAAGUACAAAAUUCCCUGUUCGUAUUACUUCACAAAACAGCUGAGCGACAGGGACCUGUUCACGUGGACAAAAGAGGUGAUCGCUGCGGUGAAAUUGUGUGGCUUCGUUGUGACCCGCAUUGUGACUGACAAUUACUCAGCCAACGUCACCUUGUUUAAACACUUGGGGAGUGGCUCUCUGCAAACAGUCGUGAGGCACCCACACGAGGACAGCCGCAUCAUUCUGCUCAGCUUCGAUCCUUGCCACGUCCUGAAGAAUGUGCGCAACCAGUUCCUGGAGCGACAGCUUACGGAUGGCUCAGGUGUGAUUAGUGGCACCUUCGUACAAGAGCUGUACGAGCACCAGAAGAAUAUGACAAUCAAGCUUGCCAGGAAUUUGACGAGGAAGCACGUCUACCCUACAAACCUGGAGAAGAUGAAUGCACUUCGUGCGGUUCAGAUCUUCUCCCCACAGGUUUGUGCAGCACUGGAACACCUCGAAGAAAACUCCCGCAAUGACCCUGCACUCUCCGCAUUUAGGCGAGCAAGUUCCACCGUGCACUUCAUGAGGACAAUGAAAGAUUGGUUUGAUAUGCACGACACCUCUUUCGGGGGAACGGGGCAGAAGGCCCCCAUUGCAGACGUGGACGAUGGCCGGCUAUUGUGGCUAGAAAAUGACUUCACGUGCUAUGUAAAGAAAGUACAAGCAAGCUCAGUCGCCUCUGGGAAGGGCGCUUUCACCGACGAAACGUUUGAGACCCUGCUUUUCACUACAAAGUCAACAGUGGAAACAACUCGAUACCUCCUAACCAAAGGCAUCAACUACGUGCUAACAAGGAAGCUUAACAGCGACCCCAUAGAAGCAGUAUUCGGCAGAGUCAGGUGCGGUGGAAAUGACAUGCUCGACGCCCGGGCUGUGACGGCUGCUUAG